AUGGCAGAAGUUACAGGAACCCGCCCUAGUCCCGACAUCCCCUCCAAGAGGGCCAAAGUCUGUCAGGACCAAGUGUCUCCAGGCACUGGGCUUUCAUCAGAGGAACCGACGCCGCCAGUCUUCAUUCGUAAACUCCGCAAGGCGGCGGUGGGCACAGGGUGUGAUAUUCGCCUCAGGGUGUCGUUGGCAGGUUAUCCGAAGCCUUCGGUGAGCUGGUACCACAACGAUGAGCUGAUUCCUCCGUCAGAGGCCCAAGACUCGGGGGGCCUCUGGAUCAGGGACUGCCAUACCAGUGACGCCGGCCUGUAUACCUGCAUAGCCACCAAUGAGAUGGGGGAGGCCAGCAGCAGUGCUGUCUUGGCCAUUAUGGACCUUGGUGAAGACUCUGAGACCACAGAGGAUGAGGCCACCGAACCUCAAGUACCGAUGGAAGCCAAGGAGGGGCUCGGGAGGCACCAAGACAGAGUUGACCACAGAGGUCCUGCAGGUGAAGGAAGACGGAUGAUGGACAUUAACCCAGACGGCUCAGAUCGCAGGGCCACCCUUCCCGGCGGUUACGACCCUGUGGUGGAGCGAGAGCUGAGAGCCCUGGGUUCACGCCCUCCGGGGUCCCACCCAGACCCCUCAAACCCCGCCAGGCAAGCUCUCGGCGGGGGGGCCACCGACGGGUGCCCCCCUGUCCGUCACCUUGGUGUGGAACCCCUGAUCCGGGCGUCUCAUGCUAACCUGAACCGCCCCGUUCAAGGAUCAGAGGAAAGUGUGUCCGUAGGCAGCGACUACUAUGGAAGCAUGUUCAGCCUCUACCGAGGGAGAACAUUUUCUAUGACUCAAACUGCUGACGAAUCAAAGAGGCUCUCCUCCCACAGCUCCUCGCCAUCUUUGCCUCCACAAACUGACCCUGCUCCCUCCGCGUCCCACCAGACAUCUCCCGGUGCACACAAAAAUGGUGUCGACGCACCCACACAAGACCGAUCCCUUGGAGGUUUGGUGGCCGAACCCAAACUCACAGUUGCCCAUCCCCAAUCAUCUAGGACAGACCAACCGUCCAACUCAAAUGUUAACAGCGGCGUGAUGACACCCAAACUGGCCCGCGCAGGGCCCAAGAUCUUUGAUAGGGUCCGUUCUUUCGAGGAGCGGAGGGGAAGCGUGGAUUUACCGGGGCCAAGUGGGUUUGGACGGGCAGCUUCUUGUGAUUCGGAUGACAGCGGUCAUCUAACGGCAGGAGGCCCCACCAAGGAGGAGGCACGGGUCCUGCAGGACGCCGCCCAGAGGCGUUCAGCAUUCAAACAGCGGGCCUCCUCCUUGGAAGACAAGACCAGCUAUGCUCAGAGGGUCCAGAGCUUCCAGAGCAAGUUUACCGAAGAGCUGCAGAGGAUCAAGAAGUUGGUGGGGAAACCCAACCUGAAGAAGGCGUACUCCACAGAGCAGAUUACCCAGAGAGACAGACCGUCCCUGGGAAAGAUAGAGCCCAUCCCUCUGCAGGUGGUUAAAAAGCUGGAGGCGAGGGAGCGGGCGCUGGAGGAAAAGAUGGAAGCGAGGAGACGAGGUGAUGGGUUGCUGCACACUAAAGAUGAAGGCCCGGGAGAUCACGUGGGUGAGUCUCAGAAGAGGAGGGUGAUGCAGCCAGAUUCGCUGGAGAAGCCAGCAGACAGCCCAUCACCACAAAGCACUGGGAAAAUCUCUGUUACCAUGGAGACAGCACCAGUUCACCAGUUACCAGGGCGACCAUUGCCAACAGUCGCAAGGAGAAGCCCAACCAGGGAAACCCUCCAGGGUUCUCCAGCUGCAACACCCUCCCUCGUGGCAGACAAGGAGCCUCUUGUUGCUGUGGCCCCAAAGUCUUCGUCCUCUUUCAGUGACCAGAGGUGUCCCAAUAUUAAGCCAGAUUCAAAGAGGGGCGUAGACAGCGUGGCAGAGCGCCAGUCACCUAGUCCAACUGGGACGAAAACAUUCCCGGUCGCCGUCAGGGAAGCGGGCUCCCAGUACCCCUCCAAGCCCCCACGGCUCAGUUCAUCCCCGACACCUCCUAACAUCAGUCCUCUCCUGAAAAGGAGGAAGGCAGAGCUGGGGCGGUCCUCUCCCACUUCGAAGGUGACCAUCCCUACAAUCCUGUUGGAGGAUGAACCCAUGGAGGAGGAGGAGGAGGAGGAGGGUGCUGUUGGGAUAUAUGAAGACGGGAACACCAGCAAGGCUGCGAGGAGGGGGAUGUCGAGUCACAAGACAAAGAGAAGCAUCUCCGGUCGACCCGUGUCUGCAGGGAAAGAGGGUUUAUCCAUUGACUCCUGUAUGUCUGCAGAUGAAGGGCAAGCCGAGGCCCCGCGUUUUGAGAAGCCCCUGGUGGACAUCAUGACACAGGCCGGUUUUGAGGUCACUCUCAAGUGCGUCAUCAACGGCAGACCCUCCCCAACAGUGGUGUGGAGGAAGAGUGACUUGACAAUCAGGAGUGAUGCGUCCUACGUGGUGAAGGCCGAGGGGCAGAGGCACAGCCUGGUGAUAAAGCGGAUGAGGUCGAACGAUGCAGGGACGUACAGCAUCACCGCCAUAAACGCCGCUGGCCGGGUGUCCUGCAGCGCCACGCUCUACAUCCAAUCAGAGCCAGCCCACGUGCAUUGUGGGAAACAGACCUUGCCCCUGGAGGCCAGCAGCCCCGUGCAGACGGACGAAGAGUGCCUCGGCCCCCAGGAGGAGGCCAUGGAGCUCGGACACUCAUCUAUUCUGAGUAAAGAAGUCCACUUCAGAGAGCCUCCCUUCUUUCAGGUGGCACUCGGUGAUCAAGUGGUGAUCGAAGGCCAAGAGGUCGUCCUGGCAAUGAAAGCAAAGGGGCAACCCAAACCCAUGGUUUACUGGUUCAAGGACAGAGUCGCAGUGAAGACCUCCGGGAACAUCACCCUGUGCGAGACAGAAGACGGCAACAGCCAAAUGAGAAUCUCCUCAGCCCAGAGGUCCAACGCGGGGCUUUACGUCUGCAAGAUUAUUAAUGAGCACGGAUCAGAGCAGUGUGACUGCAGACUGGAGGUCAAAGUGUCUUCUGUACAGACAUCUCUGACCAUCACUAAAGAGGUGCAGAACGUGGCAGUGCGGGCUGGUGAAUCAGCCCUGUUUGAAUGUCGUAUGAUGGGGCCUGUGGAUGUGGACGUGGACUGGCUGUCCAACGGGAAGCUGAUCCAGCCGGCGUUGCUCAACUGCAAGAUGCACUUCGAUGGGAAAAGGUGCCGACUCUUAUUAAAUUCGGUGCAUGAGGACGACAGCGGCACAUACACCUGCAAGCUUAGCACUGCCAAAGAGGAGGUGAUCUCCAGCGCCAGCCUCAAGGUCGCCCCCUCCAAGGAGCCUCUGUUCACACGCAGACUGGACAUCCUGGAGGUCAUUGAAGGUCGCACUGCCCGAUUUGACUGUAAGGUCAGCGGGUCGCCUGCCCCCCGCGUCACCUGGAUGCACUUUGAGACGCCGGUGGAGGAGAAUGACAACAUGCGCAUCCUUCAGGAGGGCGGACGGCACUCGCUGGUCAUCGCCCACGUCAGCAGUAGCACGGAAGGCUUCUACACGGCCGUCGCGCAGAACAUCCACGGGAAGUCCGAAUGCACGGCAGAGCUCUACAUGCAAGAACCUCGAGCUGCCAUCUCUUCUCAUAUGGCGAAGCUGGAGAAGAUGCCAUCCAUCCCCGAGGAGCCUGAGGUCCUGGAGAGCGAGACGGAGAGGAGGACUAUGCCAGACUUUGUCCAGCCUCUGGCCGAUGUGGAAGUGAUCGAGGGGAAAGAGGCUGUGCUGAAAUGCAAGGUGGCGGGGCUGCCCUACCCAACCAUCGCCUGGUACCAUAACAGCAAGCAGAUUGUCAGCAGUGAGGAGCGAAAGAUGAUCCAGUACAGGGAUGUCCACAGUCUGGUGAUUCGGAGCGCGUGUCACGCCCACGGGGGCGUCUACAAGAGUGUCAUCUCUAACAAAGCAGGAAAAGCGGCCUGCUAUGCACACUUUUAUGUCACAGAUAUUAUUCCCGACCCGCCUGAUGGCCCACCGGUGGUAGAGGCCAUAACAGGAAAAACUAUAACCCUUAGCUGGAGGAGACCAAAGAGGCUUGAUCCGUCUUUAGACUCCAGCUCUUUGCUGUAUGCCAUCCAGCAGCAACCUCUGGGCUCUAUUCAGUGGUCCAUAAUUGCCUCGAAUCUGAAGGAGACCAGCUACACCGUCACCUCCCUGUCUAAGGGGGUCCGCUAUGCCUUCAGGGUCCUCACAACCACUGGCAAGACAUUCAGCAAACCUUCACCCUCCACUGACCUGGUCCAGCUCAUAGACAGAGGUCCUUACUUGAGAAAAGUGCCAAUCAUCAUGGACAAACCUGAUAUUGUGUACAUGGUGGAGAACCAGCCUGUGAGCAUCACCAUCACACUCAACCAUGUGCAUGCAGUGGUCACCUGGAAAAGGAGAGGGGUAGCGUUGGCCAGUAAACCAGGGAUGUAUGAGAUGAGCAUGCCAGAUGACGACCAGCACACCCUCAAACUACAACGGGUCAAGACAACGGACGUCGGACAGUUGGUGGUGAUGGCCAACAACCAGUUCGGGAGUGACCUCUGCACCCUUCAGCUGGCCAUGGCAGUGGCACCUAAGUUUGAAUCCAUCAUGGAGGAUUUAGAUGUGGAUGUUGGAGAAACGCCACAUUUGGCUGUGGUAGUUGAGGGCAAACCAGACCCAGAUAUCCUGUGGUAUAAGGAUGAUGCCCUUCUGUCGGAGAGCAGCCAUUUUACAUUUGUCUACGAUGACCCAGAAUAUUCCCUUGUGGUCCUGAAUGCCCGUCCAGAAGACUCGGGCAUUUACACGUGCACAGCGAAGAACCUGGCUGGGGCCGUCUCCUGCAAGGCUGAGCUCACUGUUCACACAGAGCAAAAGAAAGUGGCGGAGCCAAUGGAGGACGAGGGGACCAUUCUGAGAAAGAUGAGACGUUUGACAGAUUAUUACGACGUGCACAAAGAGAUAGGGAGGGGAGCGUUUUGCUAUGUGAAGAGGGUGACUCAGAAGAAAGGGAAGGAUGAGUUUGCCGCCAAGUUCAUUUCGGCACGAGGCAAAAGGAAAACCUUGGCUCUCAGAGAGAUGGGUUUGCUGUCGGACCUGGACCACGAGAAAAUCCUCUACUUCCAUGAUGCUUUUGAGAAGAAAAAUGUGGUCGUGCUCAUCACAGAACUAUGUCACGAAGAAUUGCUGGAAAGAAUGGCAAAGAAAACAACAGUCAUGGAAGCUGAGAUUCGGUCCAGUGUUCAGCAGGUUUUGGAAGGCCUCUGUUAUCUUCACCACAAAGCUAUUGUUCACCUCGAUGUUAAGCCGGAAAACAUUUUACUGGCACAUCCCGGCAGUGACAAGAUCCGCAUCUGUGACUUUGGCAAUGCCAUGAAACUGCAGACGUCUGAGGAGUACUACUGCAAGCAUGGCACCCCAGAAUACGUCGCGCCGGAGAUUGUUAACCAAACUCCCAUCUCCACGGCAACGGACAUCUGGCCUGUUGCUGUUAUCACUUACCUCUGCUUAACUGGUGUUUCUCCUUUUGCUGGUGAAAAUGACAGAGCCACUGCCUUAAAUAUUAGAAACUACAACGUGGCUUUUGAGGAGAGCAUGUUCUCUGACCUUUGUAAAGAAGCCAAGGGGUUUGUCAUCAAGCUUUUAGUGGUGGACCAUCUGAGGCCCAGUGCAGUUGAGUGCCUUCGUCAUCCUUGGUUUAAGUCAUCAUCCAGCAAAAGCAUCAACACGGCAUUACUGAAGCAAGUUUUGUCGAGAAGGCGAUGGCAGCGUUCCUUGAUCAGCUACAAAUCUAAAAUGGUGAUGCGGACCAUCCCAGAGCUCCUUAACGACUCUUCCAGUCACAUCUCAAUUGCUGUGGCCCGCCAUCUGAAAGAAGGCUCCCCACCGCCCUCCUCAUCCUCUGACUCAGAUGAAGAUGUGGAUGAACUACCUUUCAUUCCCAUGCCACUGUCCAUGGUCUUCUCUGGUUCCCGGGUUUCCCUUAAUGAGAUCCCCGGGGAUGAAGAUGGUGUCGGACGGCUCAAUGGGACCACUAGAAAGGACAAAGAAAUGGCAGGUGGAAGGGGAGGGACCAAUAAGAGAGUAACAGAUGAAGAUGAGUCCCUAGAUGAUGAGAAAGGAGUGACAACAAAACGAGUCCCCCUUAAAAAGGGAUCCAGUGUGGAGAUGGAGGAUUCACAGAUAAAAGCCAAGCGGGCUACGAUGAGGAGGGGCAGUUCUGCUGACUCAGCCCUGCUGCUGCACAUCGAUCCAGAGGAAGGAGACAGCAGCGGUGACUCAGAGGCGAACAAAAAGAGUCUUAAAAAGGCUGUUUCUAUGGAAUUACCCAAUCGCAGCCCGAACCCCGGGGUGACAAAAUUAAACCAGGAGGAUUAUGCCCUAAAACUGGAACUGAUGAGACAACGGCUGCUUAGGGGAGGAAGUGUUGACAAGAAGAUGAGUGGGUUGCGAGGCCCUCUCUUUGAAACCCUGGGUAUAGAUGAUGAAAGGCGAACAGGGUCACUUGAUCGAAACUUGAGGAGAUCACGUGUGGCACCGCCAACACUAGCAAGAGCUGCGUCUUCGGAGAGUGCUGGAGAAGAUACACCAAAGACCAAAGUUUUCCGGAAAAGCGCCUCCUUCACUCAGGGGGAUUCUGAACCCAUGCCCCUUCACAGAAGGUUUGGAGCCCCCUUAGAGAUCCCAUCACAGAGCCAUGGAAGCAUACAGGGAAAGAAACUCCAAGAGGCAACGUCAAUGUCUGCAUUAACUGAGCAAACAAUGCUCGAGUUUGCUCCUUCCUCUCCCACGGAAGCCACUUCCUUUACACUACCUACCCCAAAAAGAAUGGACCAAGAGGAAAAGUAUGAAAAUAUUAAAGAACUGGAAGAGAAGCAAAACGUAGAUGGGAAGAAUAUGAAGGGAGAUGAGAUAACAGAGAGAUGGACCAAAGACCACUCAGCGAAGGUAGAUAACUUGGAAUCAAUAAGUUUGCAUUCACAAGGAGCAUCACCCUCUGUGCUAGCUCCUAUAAUUGUCAUAGAGGCAGAUGAUAAAGAAGAAAAACCAAAAGAAAUCCAGGAGUUCAAUGCAAACAGAGAGGAGGCAAAAACAGUCACGGAUUCUCCUGCACUUACACCUAAAAAUGGAAAACCAUCAUCUGCAUAUGCAAGUGUUAUGCAAACCAUUGUGGUAAAUUCUGUAACAUCUGAUAGUAAUGGAGAGAAAAAAUCCACAGAUGCCCCCACAUUACCAGAACAUCCAGCAGUAUUUGCCAAAGUGGCAACCACACACCGUCAAGCUGAUGCCAUCCCUGAUCGUCCCACCACUCCUCGCCAGCUGGUUCUCAGAACAGAUAUCAAGGACAUUGACUCAGAGGAAGUCUUUGAAGCCAGGUUUAAGAAGCGGGAGUCGUCAUUGACCCGCGGCCUUCGGAAGCUUACCAGGAACAAAUCUGAGGAGAAAUCCCCUGUGCUGGGCCGGAGAGCGGUAGAGGGGGGUGAAGAGGUUUACAGACCAGGGCCGAGGGGGGCUCCUCUUGAAAUGGUAUCCAAGGGACUGCAGGAGAAAUCCAAAUCCGUUCAAGAUUUGAGAGAAGUGGAAAAGGGGUCAGGUCUGGGUCUUAUCGGGAGAUUCUCCAUGCGGACCAAAAGGUCAUCAUCUGUUGAUAAGCAAUAUGAGAAACCAAAAGAAGAGCGAAUAAAGGAGGAAAAGCCUCAGGAGACAUCGGAAGUAUCUGCUAGCAAACGGAGAGUGACUUGGGCCAUUGGGCGCAGCAGAUCCCUUGAUACAAAAGUGCUGGACAGCACAGGGGCGCAGAAGAAUUUAAACGAGAAGGAAAAAAGAAAUGUUGAAGAAUCGUCAGUUUUUGCUAUGCGACGCAUGUUUGAAUCCAAAGUUGCUGGAAUUUCUGCCAAAAUAAGGACAAAGUCGGAGGAGAGGAAGGAGAAAGACGCCAAAACGCGUGCUGAGGAGGUGAUUCGGAAAGAUCUGGAGCAAAAGGAUCCCAAGAAAGUGGCAGAUUCUCCUGUCCUGGCGAUGCGACAGAAGUUUGAAAACAAGGUGGCAGGAAUAUCCACGAAAAUCCGCAGUCAGUCUGAGGAGAGGAGAGGUGAAACAGCGUCAGAAGGAAAGCAAACCCCCCUGUUUAGCCGGCAUCGUCAUUCCCAGUCGGAGGGACGAGGACUCAAAGAAAUGGGUAUCCCUGAAAACCAGCUAGCAAAGCAGACGGGCAUCGGCGCAUCAAAGGACUCUGUUGAAUCCAAUUCUAGCAUUCCUUCGGAGAAAGUCUCCCACACGGUGGAGAGUGACAGGCGGUCACGCUGGGAUAGGUGGGGUUUAACGAGAAGCAAAAGAGACAAGACACCAUCCAAAUCUGACCUCCCUUCAUCAGGACCCAAAGAGGAGGAUCCUUCAAACCGGCAACAGCUAGCAUGCACCGUUUCCGAUUUCCCUCCUGUGUUCCACAUCAAGCUGAAAGAUCAAGUCUUAUUGGUGGGAGACCCUGUCACUCUCAGUUGCCUUCCAGCUGGUAGUCCACAUCCGAAGAUCACAUGGAUGAAAGACAGGAAACAACUGGAGGUGGAUGACAGAAUCAACCUGAUCGCCCACCCAGAUGGCAGACAGCUCGUUACGAUCAUGAAGACCUGCCAUAGGGAUGCUGGACUCUAUGAAUGUGUGGCUACCAACCCCCUAGCCACUAUCACCAGCUCCUGCACAUUGUCUCUAGCUUGUAUCCCCAAGCGGCCAGGGACCCCUGAGAUCCCCCAAGUUUAUAACAAUACAGCCCUGGUUCUCUGGAGACCAGCGGACAUCAAGUCCCCCUGUACCUACACCCUGGAGCGGAAGACAGAAGGAGAUACUAACUGGCUGAUCGUAGCCAGUGGAGUGGUAGACUGCUACUACAAUGUCACAGACCUGCCAGCAGGGGGCGUCUUUAGGUUUCGGGUGGCCUGCGUCAACAAGGCCGGACAGGGGCCUCACAGCAACUGGUCUGCUAAGGUCAGCCUGGACUCCUCAGGGGGUGGGACAUCUCCUGCCGUGGCCAUAGUAAAGACAGUCCCAGCUCCUCCGGCACCCACGGGGACCUCCUCUAUGAUCUCCCCUUCACUCAAACCGGUCCACACCAGCUCUCCCAGUAAACCCGUCCCCUCAGCCGCCUCCCAUGAAGAGGCGGGCGCCCCUGCUCCCCUCCCUCCUCCAGGCACCUCCAGCCCAACAACGCUCGCAUCGCCUGCCAGCCCCGUCACGCAGGAGCCUCACGGCACAAACUUAAAUCUGCCCUCUACGCCCGCAGUCAAGCCUCCCCCACCCUUUGUCCUCCCGAAACCCCAGAGUCCCAUCAACGUGGUGCCGCCCAUGACCCAGACCCCGUCUGUAUCCCCACCGCCCCAGCACCACUCCCCUCUUUCCACCCCAACCAAACCCGUCAUGGCUGCAGUGCCCACCUACGUCCCGGCUGCCACUGCCCGCGUCGUCCCCACACCCAUACCGGCUCCCUCGUUCUCCCCCCAAGUGCUCCAGGUGUCCAGCCUGAGCCCCAUCGGUGAGAGCGAUAGCGCCUCCGCCAGAGUGACCCCGACAGGACAUGGCGGGCCCUCCACUGCCCUGCGACAGGGGGUUCCCCAAAAACCCUACACCUUCCUUGAAGAGAAAGGCAGGGGUCGAUUCGGAGUCAUUCGGGAAUGCCGUGAAAACUCGACUGGCAAAGUCUACAUGGCAAAGAUCAUUCCUUACAACCAGGAAAACAAGCCAGCGGUGUUGAAGGAGUACGAGAUCCUCAAAUCCCUGCACAACGAUAGGAUCAUGGCGCUGCACGAAGCCUAUGUCACGCCGCGUUACCUGGUGCUGGUGGUAGAGUACUGCACGGGCAAAGAGCUGCUCUACAGUCUCGUAGACAGGUUUCGCUACUCGGAGGACGACGUGGUGGGCUACCUGGUGCAGACCCUGCAGGGCAUGGAGUACCUCCACAACCGCCGCGUCCUCCACCUGGACCUCAAGCCGGACAACAUCAUGGUGACCAACCUGAACGUCAUCAAGAUCGUUGACUUCGGGAGUGCCCAGAGCUUCAACCCCCUCAGUUUCAAACAGCAGGACUCAGACGCCGGGACGCUGGAGUACAUGGCUCCUGAGAUGGUGAAAGGAGAGGCGCUGGGUCCUCCUGCUGAUGUGUGGAGUUUGGGGGUUGUCACCUACAUUAUGCUUAGCGGGAGGCUGCCUUUCCAACAUGAAGACCCUCAACAGACAGAAUCCAAAAUCCAGAUGGCGAAGUUUGACCCGACAAAACUGUACCCCAACGUGUCCCAAAGUGCCUCUGCCUUUCUGAAGAAGAUGCUGAGCAGUUACCCUUGGGCUCGUCCAACUACCAAGGACUGCUUCACCCAUGCCUGGCUGCAGGACUCCUACCUGAUGAAACUGAGGAGGCAGACUCUCACGUUCACUACCAGCCGGCUCAAAGAGUUCCUGGUGGAACAACAAGGCCGUCGAACAGAGGCUGCCACCAAGCACAAGGUCCUCCUGCGCACCUACCAGAGCGCAUCCCAAUCCCCAACCUCUGGGACCACCCCACACGUCCCUAGCUCAAACCCCCUAACUCCCCCGUAG